GCACUAUAAGAAGAGAAUGAACCCAGAGGAGCGUCAAAACAUUUGAAGCGAGAGAGGGGAAGGGAGAAGGAGAGAUAUUGGAAACCGAUACUGCGCUCAGGAUGAAGACGAAAAUCGCGGAGAAUUUUUUUCUUUUCCUUCAAGGACUGUAAGGCUAAGGCCAAACGCGUAUCUGUUCAAAUCCGGGGUCAGCACAGAGUGAGAAAUCUGCAAGGCUGGAAGAAAAAAAAGUGCGGUCCGACGUCGCACUCCUUGCGCGCCUCGGUGUCAGCGCGCAAAGAAAUCUUGGGUGAGCGCAGUGUGAGCUUCAGCACCCGAGGAGAGGACAGCUCCGCUCUGUCUGCUCCUCUGGACCUCUUGACUAAAAACUCCGCUUUCAAUGUCAGCUGUUCCGCUGUGACUCUUGCCUCUUCAAGUCUGAAAGAAGUAUAAAGAACCACUGACGGAGAGAUCCGCGGCUGACUGUGUGCUCAAUAUGUACCAGGGGCAUUUACAGGGGAAAGACUCUAGGGCUCCAGAUAAGACUGUUGCCAUGGUCCUGAAGGAGAUACCAAGUAAGGCGUCAUCAGAAGGGAAGCCCCUCCUCACAGUGACUACCAAGUUGGUGAGCGAGCAACAAGAGAGCCGCCCCCUUUUAAGCCCUUCCAUCGAUGAUUUCCUCUGCGAGACCAAGUGCGAUGGUGUUUCUCGACCAGUGACUUCCAACACAGCCGUUCUGUCUUCAACACUGGACCUGCUAGAUCUCAGUGAACCUGGAGAGAGGAGGAAUAGCAAGGACAGGAAGAGUUCCCUAGCAUCCCGGGGCGACGGGCAGAAGAAUAACGCACACAGGAAAAAGACGGAUGAGACAGAGCUGAUCCAGGUGGAAGUUGAACAGACUGGACCAAGCAUGCGAACCCCAGAGAGGGCAUCAAUAGACUCAGCAGUUACCAUUGGUUCACUGGAUAAAUGGGAAGAACUGAACCCCAACCCUGAGAGAAAUGGCAACAGAAAAUGGAAGCUGGAGAGACGGCGUUCUUCUAAAAAUUCAUCCAAUGAGUUUCUGUGGUCCAUAGACUGUAAAAGCCAGUUAGACUCCUCAAAUAAGAACACCUUGGAGACAAAUAAUAAAGUUGAGCCUGAGUCAGCCCUCGCAUCACAACUCAACAGACAGUAUAUUAGUGGAAGACAUGCUCGUCUAACAAAAGAGCAGCGAUGGGGUAGCGCCCACCUGUCCAGACAUCAGUCCCUGGAGGAGGAGUUUGAGCGAGCCAAGGCUGCUGUCGAGUCGGAUACCGAAUUCUGGGAUAAGAUGCAGGCGGAGUGGGAGGAGCUGGCUCGACGAAACUGGCUGACAGAAAACGAACAAGCUCAGAUCCCGUCCUCGGUCUCUCCACAUGAGAAGGGUUACUACUUCCACACAGAUAAUCCUUAUAAGGACUUGCCUAAUGCGUUUGAAGAAGGACUAAAGAAAUCUCGAGAGGGAGACUUGCCAAAUGCUGUGCUUUUGCUCGAAGCAGCUGUCUUGCAGGACCCCCAUGAUUCAGAGGCUUGGCAAGUGUUGGGGACCACCCAGGCUGAAAAUGAGAAUGAGCAGGCAGCAAUUGUCUCCCUCCAGAGGUGUUUGGAGCUCCACCCAAACAACCUCCCGGCCCUCAUGGCUCUGGCAGUGAGCCUGACCAACACUGGUAUGCGCCAUGAUGCCUGUGAGGCUUUGCUGCGGUGGAUGAGACACAACCCCAAGUACAAGAACCUGCUUAAGAGCAAGAGCCACCUAAUGGGAUCCCCAAACUCCCAGCGCCGGAUGUCUCAGGCUCCUAACACAGGCAGACCCGAAAGCUCUCUGCUACCGGAGGUCAAGGAGCUUUUCCUGGAAGCAGUUCAGCACAACUCAGACAGCGUCGACCCAGAUUUGCAGACAGGCCUCGGGGUGCUUUACAACCUCAGUGGAGAGUUCAACAAAGCCGUGGAGGCCUUCAAUACGGCCCUGUCAGUGCGGCCAGAGGACUACUUACUAUGGAAUCGUCUGGGUGCCACGCUGGCUAACGGGGACCGGAGUGAAGAGGCGGUGGAAGCAUACACUCGAGCCCUCGAGCUGCAGCCGGGGUUUAUCAGGUCCCGCUACAACCUGGGCAUCAGCUGCAUUAACCUGGGGGCACACAGAGAGGCUGCCAGUAACUUCCUGACUGCCUUAAGUCUUCAAAGGAAAAGCCGGAGUCGCCAGCAGUCCCACCAGGUGAUGUCUGGAAACAUCUGGGCUGCUCUGAGGAUAGCUUUAUCCAUGAUGGACCAGCCUGAACUCUUCCAGGCUGCAAAUAUUGGUGACCUGGAUCUUCUCAUGCGAGCCUUUAACUUAGACAUAUGAGAAAUGGAAUGCAACGAUGAUAGCAUCUCCUCCUUUACUCAUUCUCUACUUUAUACCCAAAGUCCAAAGUGCACACGUCCGAACGGAACGACGUAUGUUAGAGACCAGCGUGUGUUUUUUUAUGCACGCCAAAAUUAACUACAGUUGUUAAAGCAGAUAUAUUUUUCGCCCAAUACCUUGGAGCAGUUUUGGGGACAGGUUCUUCCAAGGGUUUGAAGUAACUGCUUUGUGAUGGAUUUGCACUGCAAAUUGUGAUUUCCCUCAAGAGCACAAGGACGGGCAAAGAUUGUACGAGCAAUGCCUUAGAGAACACAUCAAUUAAAAACUGACUCAUCCAGUGGAACACAGCUGAGCCAGGAGAGACACGCAGAGAGACAGUUGGAAGACUCUCACAGAGGAAACCGUUUGCAAAAAAGAUUUAAAAAAAAGAAAAAAAUUAGGUUUUGAGAGGAAAUGAAACGUUUGACUCUAAAUUGUCUCUCCCUCCUGAGCAAAUGAUGGAGAUUGCACCAUUAUAACCUGGAGCUCCAGAUCCUGUUCCUCGCUUGUUUUCAUCCUCUUACAAUGGAGAAUAAUGAUACUGCAUGAAUAAGAAUUUUCAUACAUGCAUUCUCGUUUAAAAUUAACAUACUUUUAGAAGAUUUCCCUUUGCACUUCAGACCAACAGAUAACUUCCUCAGUCCAAGUGGAAUGUGUAAGCCAGGUUGUAAAGCCUUACUCCAAUGCAUGCGACUAACAAUAUUUAUUUACACUAUUUUUAUGGCAACACAAAAACAAUAAGCCAUUUUCGGACUGUUUUCAAUUUCUUUAAAUAACUGCUGACUUCUGAACUUGAAAGCUUUCUGAGCCAUUAAUUUUAGUUUUGUUGGGUUUUCUUUCCUCUUUUUGGGUCUGAGCUUCUCUUUCCUUUAUGCUGACCAGUUGGAAAAAUACACAUAAAUGCUGGGCAACAUGGAUCUAGAGAAACCUUCACUAGUGUUUUCAGACUUUCUGAUGUAAAAACAAAGUUGGUACAGGUCUAAAAAUAUCUCUUUAUUUUCUUCUACUAACUUCUAUAGCUUUAGAAGUUGUAAUAACUAAUGUACACGCCCUACUCUAUUUUUGUUUUUGUCUGUAUUCAUUGCAGUGGAGCAUAAUAACAUUUCAGGUAAAAGAUGCGUAGUUGCAAGCCAAGAUAGCAGCUCGCGGUAUUUCUUAAUGCAGUCAUUUGUAUCUUUGCUGCGCCUCCACAGGGAGUGAAGCUCACACAUUUAAUUAAAUCAGUUUGCCUCAGCCAUCAGGCUUGAUUUAAAUGUUUUUCGAAGCCAAGGCAGAAUAGCGCACGCGUUUAAAUCACGCUGUCUGUUUGUUUUACCACCUGCAAACUUUGAUUUACAUCACGAUCAUUUGAAACCAUGAUCAUUAUGCAUCCACAGAAGAUAUGAUCGUACGAAAUGCAGCGACAAAGCUUUUUUGUUUCUCUUUUUUGUUUCUCUUAAACAUGCUUUUAAGCUGACACCUACACUUGCUUCACUGUGCAAGUUGGUAAGUCACUCUGUGAAGUGAACAUUAUGUUCCUCACCGUGCUGCAGAUCAAAUGAUAGAUGCUCUGCUAUACUGUACAGCUCAGUACACUUUGGUGUUUACCAGGCGUGUCUGAGUGUGAUGUAGAAAGUGUUUUUUAUUGUCUGCUCCUAUGCAAAAGGUCAUGUUUUAUGUUGCCAUUCAAAAUUGUCAGUCACUGUCCCCGUCUGCCUCAGUGCACCACAGAGAAGUGUUGAUUUUGUGCUUUGAAAGAAUGCUAUCAGCGGCAGCCAGAGACCAGUGCAAGAGCCAUUCAUCUUCCAAACUGCGCAGCUUGGAUGUCGCAGUCGGUAUCUGAAGAAGUGUUUCAUCAGGAAACUGAGAGACAACGAAAACAAAUGAUCUCAGAGGAGAAAUGUCGUCAGUGAUUCGCAAAAAAACAAAACAAAAAAACUGAUCACCUCACCUCGCGUGCACUUGUUCUGUCUUUUGAGACGAAAUCUCAAGUGCACAACUACAAAAUAAUUGUUGUAAAAUCAGUUACAUUAUUAUCAUGUGUCAUGAACCUACGAGAUUGUAUUUCAGAAAUAAAAGAUCUUGCAGACAAAUAACUAAAGCUUAAAAAAACUACAGGGAGUUGUCUGUUGGCACAAAUACUUUCUGUGGCUAACUGUGAUGUUUAAUAGAUCAAGGAGGCACCCAGUGAGACACAGCACAUAUGUGUGCGCCACUAACAAUCUGCUCUGGAGGGGGCUGCCAGUGGACUGUACAAUAGCAAAGGCAAUGAGGCCAAAGCGGAGGAGGAUGCAUACAUUUACUCUUUCUCUAAGAAACUGGAUGAGGACAAAAGCACAAGUUAACAAUGCGGCUUUUGACUGUAACAAAAUGCUAUCUGGUUAUUCAUGCUAUCUGGUAAAAUGUUUGAUUCCCUAAGUCCCUAGCCAUGCUUGUGGCACGGCUGCUUGGAUAAAAACUGUUGGUCUGUCUGCCACUUUGCUCCAGACUGAGAUGAAUCAUGUUCCCUGAAAUUUAACGGUAUGUUUGACCAAUUUUUGUCCAAAUUUCUAAAAAACUAAUAACGUUUCCAUCUACCACAGAUACUUUGCACUGUCUAUUAUUAGCCACCCUAACACAUUAUAUCCAUUUAUCUGUUGAGUAUCAAAAUGCUUGUAUGUUGGCAUUUAGCUGAAAGUAGACUCACAGCUGAUGACUCUGACAAGUGUUUCUGUUGACAUCCACGAAGUCAUUCAUGGUGUGUGUGCUAAUGCUGCUAACUAGAAGCGCACUGGGCCAUUGUGUUACCUACCUGUCAACAGUCUGUGCACAUACAAGACACUUUUGUUUUUCUUUUCUAUGUAAACCCAAUCUACUUGUGGCAGCACCCUGACAGAUUGUUCAGACACAUGGGAGUUUCUCUUUAGGCCAGUAUUCCUCCAUUUUGAAACAUUGACUUACUCCCUUUCUCGUGCAUCCAGAUGUCUUCUGUGUCAGCAGAACUGUACAAACAUGUUGUCUGGUAACUUGUGAUUUUCAAACGCAACUAGUUUUCUUAUGGAGGUCAUAGGGAUUUUGCUUUUUUUGUUUUGCAUUUUAAAAUCCUGCAGAUGCUUUUAAAUGGAUGAAGAUAUUUUUUUAAAGAAAGCUGGCAUAAACUCUAAACUUCUAUUGUAGAGAAUAGAGAUAGGAUGCCUGUUUCCUUUUUGUAGAACCUACUACCCUACCUUCUCAGGUGAACUGACAUAGCUUAACGCAUGCCCCUGAGGAAGAGAUUGAGGCUGAUUGCAUGUUAGAUUGUCUACAUUUAUUUUUCUUAAUGCUAUUUUUAUUUGUAUGCAUGAAUUACAUGAACGUGCUUUCCUUCCCUCUCGCUAUUGUAUAAAAAUGAAAUAUAUCA